CUCCUCCUCUUCCACCCACGGAAAGGCCGGGCCUGUGGACUCUUCCCCACUCCCUCGCCGUAGCAAUGGAGGCCAUGUCGACCUCUCCGAACAUCUCAUCUCUUCCGCCAGAGAACCCCAACCUCGUCCCGCAUUCUACGUCGGAUGCCGCUCCAUCCCGCCCACCCGCCACGCGCACUCAUAUGCAGCCUGCCGAUGCACCACACCUGUCGCCAGCCGUCCUGCAAGGCUCCUCGACCGACGCGCAGAGCACGCAGGAGAGCGACGCACUCUCGUACCGCGACACGAGCAGCGACGCCUCGCAAUUGACCGGCUACACCGACUCCACCUCCACCACAUCCGUCGCAGCAACGGCCACCGAGCCCACCCGGGACGACUCGCCUGCACGGAGCUCCGAGAGCGCGACCGCUUCGAAUCAAGCCGACACCAUCACCUCUCCGCCGCUCGUCGUGACCAAUGGCACCAAGAGAACCGCAAGCGGGCAUAUUAAGAACACGCCCAGCCUGCCACAUACCCCUCUCACCUCCUCCUCCGCCUUCUCCAACGGCCGUGCCAGGACGGACUCCAUGUCCUCGACCAGCAGUCGCGCAGGCGACCUCGCCAUUGCGCUCAAGACGCGCCUCGGCUACGCCAUGGCCAAGGUACAGCAGGGCUGGGAGCACAAGAACAUCAACGAGGUCGAGGACCUCACGCGUCGCAAAACCCAUGCCAACCGGCACAGCAUGUCCCAUCUCGACUACGCUCGGCGCCCGAUGACUGAUGCCUACCCGAAUGGACACCUGCACCGCUUCUCCUCGUACGAGCCCAACGGCUACCACCACUCGAGCGCACUUCCCUUGUCGAAACGCCAUUCCGCCAACUACUCCUACUCCUCCCUCCACUCCGCCUCGCAACCUCUCCCCAGCACAGACAGCGGACCACGUCUUCAACCAGCAGCAGACAUUCGUCCCGCAGGCAGCAACACGCAACCGCAUCCCUACAACCUCCAACCACCCUUCUCCUCCAGCCAACCCAACAUAACCACCACCUCGUCAAACAUGCUCUCUCCCCCACGCACGCCAGUAAACGGCAGCCACCACCACCACCACCACCACCGACCACCCACCAUCCGCACCGAACUCCAAACAGCCGAAGCAGAACGAGAAGCGCUACAAGCCCUCUUCCAGCUCGGCUCACCGCAAGGCGCCACCUUCCACCACAAUCACCACCGAUACCAAAGCGCAAGCGUGGCCGGCUCAUCGCAGAACUCGCCUUUGCGCUCGGAAUUCGCAACGCCGAGGAAGGUCAUGUUUGCGCGGAGUGACAGCGACGAGAGCGGGUUGAGUCGGUCUGGGUCGUCGGAGCAGGAGAGUGCGAUUGCUGAUGGCGUUCGGGAGGGGGAGAUGGUCGAGGUUUAGCCAUUGUUUCUACCCUGGCGACCAUUUAGUGCCGUCACUGGAGCGGCACGAGUGCAUAUAUGCGGACUAGAAAUCUCUGGGUGAAGACGAUGUGAUUGGCCAUGUACAAGAC